GCGCGCCACGUGCUCUUCCAUUGGAGCUUGCGGAGUGACGUCGCGUUCCUUUCCCGGAAGUGAAGAGCUCCCUCGGUCGGCACUCAGUUGGACGUUGGAGAUCCGCGCAGCCUUCCAGCACAUUUCUGCCGCAGGACCUGAAAAGAACAAUGGUGUGCAUUCCCUGUAUAGUCAUUCCCGUUCUGCUGUGGGUCUAUAAAAGGUUCCUUGAGCCGUAUCUGUAUCCCAUCAUCUCACCUUUCAUCAAGCGCAUUUGGCCAAAGAGAGCAGUGCAGGAAACAGCAAAGAAAGACCAAAAAGGCAGUGCUGAAAAUAGGCGUGAGUUGUACGACUCCAUGGAUGAUUCUAAAACUGAAAGCAACGGCAUUGUAAAUGGAUUUGCUGAAAGUGGUCCACCAGGGGUUUCUGAGAAAAAGACUGAUUAAGUAAGCUUGUGCUGUGGGAUCGUGGUUGCUUUAGGAAAAUGAGCUGAUGAUGCUAUUCCCACUUGGAAAUUUAAUUGCACUUUUUUUCUGAAAGGAAACUUGGAAUCUGCAUACACACAGGCGGACACCUAGGAAAAUUUAGGAUGCUAUUUUCUUUGUAGCUGAAAAAGAUUUAACAUGUUGUCUUGCUCUGCCUGACAUUCUCAGUACAGGAGAACCUUUUCCAAUGCAGUGCAGUUUAUGGUGUUAGCAUUUUAGGCUCCAGUUUUUUACACUGCUGUGUAACUGUCAAAAUUGUGACUUGUUUCAAAGAACUUCCUGGAACUCAACUUCCACACAACUUCUUAUAUGCUUGUCUUUUAAAAGCUAGUUGACUUAUGUAUUAUAGCUAAAGAGAACAGCACUGUAAAUACUCAGACACUAAUAAUAAAUAUUAAUAGCUGUUCACUCAUUUUUCUCAACCCAUCCAUGCAAAACUAUGCGUUGUUUGGCAUUCCUCCUGAUAUUGCAGAUACGAUGAAGCAAACUUUGUGUGAGUAGACACGAUCAUAGGGGCGGUAGCCCUGAUAUGGGAAAUAUAAUAGUAUUCCCUGCCAUUAAUUAAGACCAGGCAAUUUGCCCUUAUUUCUGAAGGUGGAAAAAGAAUGUUUUUCUUAAAAUAAUAACAAUAUAAAAAUAGAUCUGUGUGCAAACUGCUGUAUUUUGGUUGGCAACAUUGACAUUGGAUUCAGAAUUACUCUAAAUAAAAUCUAAAGGUUUUGCUUUUACAACUGAA